AUGGCUCCCAUAAUAGCAGCUCCUGCUUGUUCUACCACUCCAAUCGGUGUCACCGCUCCUCUCAGCGCCUGCGGCUCCGGUAUCUCUGCCAUCCCUGCUUCUAGCGGCGGUGGCCUCGAAGUAUUCAGUUCUUCUACCCUUUCGCCAGAUGGGUUGUCGGUCCUCUCUGAAAACGCCUUCGAAGGAAACCUUGCAGUCGCCGGUGCUCUGCCUUUCCUAGGCGCUGUGGCCCUUGACGGUGUUCUACCUAGCUCUGGUAUUGGUGCUGUCAACUAUGGCUGUGGUAAUGGAGAAGUCGCCAUCUUGGCUGAGGACAAUGCCUCCUCUUCAUUUGCUGGUUCACUCGGCUCCGGUGCUUUCGGCUCCUACUUUGGUCAUCAUGCUGCUGCUGAAUCCAUCGGUCUUGGCGGUUUCGGCUGCGGCAGCGGUCGUUUAGCUAGACCAACCCACAAUAGAUGCGGCUGUGAUAACAUAUUUUAAAAAUUUGAACUGUUUGAAUGUAUUUUCUUAAUAUAGUAAUGCAAUUC